AUGGCCGCCCUGCACGCAGCAAGCUCCCCGGCCUGUCUCCGCUGUCUGGCACGACGGAUGCUGUCACGGCCGGCUGUCCUUGGCAUGGCCUCUGGCAGCAACAACAGCAGCAGUCUGCUGACGCUGACCUCGACGACGACGACAACGGUGCAGACGCGCGGAAAGAAGACGGGACGACGUGGUGACAAUGGUGUGGUCGUGCGGCUUCUGCAGGACGUGGAACAGUUUGGACAAAAGGAAACGAUCCUCCGGAUCGACCGUGGCCGCAUGCGUAACCUCUGGUAUCCCCGCGGCAUAGCCGACUAUGUCACGACGGCCGGCCAAGCCGUCUCGGAGCGCGACCCCUUCUUUGGCGUUGCCGGCAGCAAGCCCGACGAGGACGUCGCUUCUUCUGCUCCGGCCGCCACAGCCCACGCUGCUCUCCUGCCGACCGUCGAUGCUGCCCGUGCUGCCGCUCUGCUCGAUCGCCUGCCACCGCUCGUCUUUGCACGCCGACCCAUCACGGCUGCCUCGACCGCCAUCUUCGGGUCCGUCUCGGCCGACGACGUCGCCACUGCCCUGCGCGCUGCCCUGCACGCUGUCGAUGACGGCAGCAGCGACGAGACCGGCCGCCUUCGCGUCGAGGGCCGUGAUGUCCGCUUUGUCGUCGACGGCGAGGCUUUCGGUGAUGCCGCCUCCUCUUCGGAGGCCGAGGCUACCGCCGAUCGCGUCAAGGCGCUCGGCCGCUGGGAGGUCGAGAUCGCCGUGCGCGGCGGCGGCGUCGCCACUGCUCCGGUGCGCAAGAUCAUCGAGGUGGUGGCCCAGUAG